AUGGCCACCUCAUCCGCCUCGUCGGCUUCGGAAAGGAAUUUCAUCAGUAUGCAACAAAUGGCCAUGCCAUCGUUCGCCGUAACCUCCCCUCCAUCGCACGGCGGCACCUUAUCAGCGCUCCAUGCUCGUCAUUCUCAAAGAUUGCACAAGAGGCGCGUUCACAGCCAAGUCAGGGCAGUGGCACAAACACAGCUGCAGUACCAGAAACUGGGAGAUUCUGAUCUGUUUAUCAGUGAGGUCACUCUUGGGACGAUGACUUUUGGCGAGCAAAACACAGAGAAGGAAGCACAUGAUAUUAUCGCUUAUUCUUUCGAUCAAGGCAUCAAUAUCCUAGACACAGCGGAAAUUUACCCAGUUCCAGUCAACAAGGAAACUCAAGGGAGAACUGAUCUUUAUAUUGGCAGGUGGAUGCAAUCAAAACCACGAGACAAGAUAAUUUUAGCCACCAAAGUUGCUGGUUAUUCUGAGAGGUCUGCAUUUCUUCGUGACAACGCAGAAGUGGUGCGUGUUGAUGCUGCCAAUAUCAAAGAAAGUGUUGAAAAGAGCCUUAAACGCUUGUCUACAGAUUACAUUGAUUUGCUUCAGAUACACUGGCCAGAUAGAUAUGUGGCACUAUUUGGUGAAUUUAGUUAUAAUCCAACCAAAUGGAGGCCAAGCAUCCCUUUUGAGGAACAAUUGAAGGCUUUCCAGGAGCUAAUUGACGAAGGAAAGGUAACAGCCAUGUUCGCUAUAUCGGUGUUUCGAAUGAGACCUCAUAUGGACUUAUGGAGUAAUGGAGUUUGUGCAUGCUGCAAAGACUCAAGGCCUUCCAAAGAUCUGUUUCCUCUCGCCGCUUGGGCUAAGAAGAAGAUCGACAAAAUCAGGAGAUCUUUCUUGUGGAAGGGGGAGGAGAAUGCAAAUGGCGGGCACUGCCUAGUUAACUGGCAGACAGUUACCAGACCAAAAGACCUUGGCGGUUUAGGCGUCCCUGACCUGGAGAGAUUUGAGCGAGCUCUCCGGUUGCGAUGGCUUUGGCAAGAAUGGGUGGAUGAUUCCAAGCCUUGGAGCGGCUCGGAGCUCCCAUGUUCUGAUGAUGACCACCUCCUCUUCAACUCCUCAAUCAUUAUAUCUUUGGGAGAUGGUGCAAAGACAAAGUUUUGGCACCACAGUUGGCUCGAUGGACAGGCUCCUAAGUAUCUAGCCCCGAACUUGUUCCGGCUAGUCUCAAGGACAAACCAAACGGUGCAAAAAGAGCUACGGAAUAACAAUUGGAUGCAUAAGCUAGGGAGGAAAAUCACCUCGGCUACCCACAUAGAGGAGUUUGUAUCCCUUUGGAUACGAAUACAGGAUGUGCACCUACAGCAGGGCGUCCAGGACACCAUCUCCUGGCGUUGGACCAAUGAUGGGAAUUUCUCCACCCGCUUGGCAUACAGAAUCCAAUUCAGAGUUGAUCUUGUUGAAGUUUGCCACCCAAAUAACUGCAAUGUUGGACUGCUUGCCUACUCCCCAUUGGCUGGUGGGGUUCUCACUGGGAAGUAUCUUGAUGAAGCAACAUUAGAAUAUGUAAAGCUUGCCAAGAAGCAUGGGCUAACUCCAGUCCAGCUUGCCCUUGGCUUUGUGCGUGACCGUCCAUUCACUGCUAGCUCCAUCAUUGGAGCAACCACUAUGGACCAGUUGAAGGAGAACAUUGACGCGUUUACCAGCACUCCACGGCCUCUACCACAAGAAGUUCUUGACGGCAUUGAGGAUCUUUUCAAGAGAUAUAAAGAUCCGGCAUUCCUCUAG